UGGGGGGGUCAUAUUGUCCCAAGCUCUCAGAAUUCGGUAAGCUCCGAGCAUCCCUGUGAACGCAUCUGCCCACCUGCUCCUUGCUUCACCCUUCGUUUUCACCCAAACUCAAACCGUAGCCAUGGCUGCCACCGCCGCUCUCUCCAGCACCUUCUCCGGCGUCGCUCUUCCUACCCUCCCCGCCAGGAAGACCGUCUCCGUGUCCCGGAGCCUGAAGGUGUCCGCCAGCGGCGGCAAGAAGAUCAAGACCAACACCCCCCUGGGCCCCAGCGGUGACUACAAGUUCAAGGUGGACCCCUCCGGCUCCCCCUCCAAGGGCAAGGGUGCCUACUCCUUCGCCAAGAAGUACGGCGCUAACGUCGACGGCUACAGCCCCAUCUGGACCCCGUCGGAGUGGUCCGCCAAGGGUGACACCUACGAGGGUGGCAAGGCCGGUCUUCUCCUGUGGUUCCUCACCUUCGGCGGCCUUCUCGCCAUCGGUGCUCUCCUCAUCGUCAACACGAGCGCCAUUGCCUAAAUAUUUUGCGUAACUUCUGUGUAUAGGCAAGGUACUUGUAAACGGGAUGCAUUCACGAUUUUCUUUAAACUAAAAAAAAACAUUAACCCUUUGAACCAGGCUGGUAUGCGUGAACCAAUUAACAACCCGCGUGCCUAGUAAAAUUGACCUGUAACCAGCCCUU